GGCGGGACGGGAGCGACCCCACCCACCUCCCCUGCCAGUGGUCCUCAGUGCCUGUCGCCUCUACCAGCGCCUGUCUUCUGGAUCUUGGCCCAGGGCACAAGCACGGCCUCCGUCCCAGGAGGGAAGACCCAACCGGAACAGCUCAGGACCCUCUAGAAAGACCCGGGGCUCGUGUGCCGGGGCGGCGGUAGGAAAGUAGGAACGUCCCACUGCCCCUCACGGCCGGGCUCCCAGCAGCAGACGGGGCUGGGUUGGUGCGGAGCCUUGGCGAGAGAGUCUCCGGCUUCAGAGAGGCGAGGGCGCAGAGGGCCUCGAGGAAAGAGCCCCCGACUGAUCUCGGUGCUCAGAGCUCACCCGGACCGCGUCUCCGCCCCCUCCCGCCCUUGCGAGCCCCGCGGAGCCGGCAAACCGGCGGCCGCGCGGAUCCGCCUGCCGGGGACGGGGUGGAGCCGCACUGCGCAUGCCCCGCAGUCAUGGCCGGCGGGGGCGGUGGUUCCCGGCGGCGCGCUGCGAGCGGCGGUAAUUAGUAAUUGUUCUCCUGCUCCCGGGAGGCUACGGCGCGUUGGGUGCUGCUUCCCAGUGUCUGCGCGGCGGUACCCCGACCGAGGGGCAGCCGGGCCGAUGAGAUCGUCGCUUCUCCGUGCCGUGUAGAGGUUUUUAGGGAGAGAAGCACGGGCCGGUUCCGAGCCCUCCGGACCGCCGGCGGGAACUGAAGCGGCGCGCGGGACCGGGCCGUGGGACGGCGAGGCCGCGGAGAGGAAAGUGCAAUGGCGAGGAAUUUAUCAGUGAUCUUGAUCCUGACCUUCGUUCUGUCAGUCACACAUCCCCUUCAUGAAGUAGGACCAGCCACUGCUUUCCCUCAGACCACUGAGAAAAUUAUUCCGAUUUGGGAAUCUGGCAUUAAUGUAGACUUGGCAGUUACCACACGGCAGCAUCAUCUGCAGCAGCUUUUCCAUCGCUAUGGAGAAAAUAAUUCCUUGACAAUUGAAGGGUUCAGAAAAUUGCUUCAGAAUAUAGGCAUAGAUAAGAUUAAGAGAAUCCAUAUACACCAUGACCAUGAGCAUCACUCUGACCAUGAGCAUCACUCUCACCAUAAUCAUGCUGCUUCCAGUAAAAAUCGAAAAGCUCUUUGCCCAGACCAUGACUCUGAUAGUUCAAGUAAAGAGCCUAGAAACAGCCAGGGAAAAGGACCUCAUCGAUCAGAACAUGCCAAUGGUAGAAGGAAUGUUUUAAUCAAGGAUGGCGCUGGUGCUAGUGAAGUGACCUCAACUGUGUAUAAUGCUGUCUCUGAAGGAACUCACUUUCUAGAGACCAUAGAAACUCCAAAACAUGGAAAACUUCUCCCCAAAGGUGUGAGCAGUUCCACUCUACCCAGUGUCACAGAAAAGAGCUGGGCGACCUGGCUGGCUAGUAGGAAAACAAAUGAAUCUGUGAGUGAGCCCAGAAAAGGCUUUAUGUAUUCCAGAAGCACAAAUGAAAAUACUCAGGAGUGUUUCAAUGCAUCAAAGCUGCUUACAUCUCAUGGCAUGGGCAUCCAGGUUCCACUGAAUGCCACCGAGUUCAACUAUCUCUGCCCAGCCAUCAUCAAUCAGAUUGAUACUAGAUCAUGUCUGAUUCAUACAACGAAUGAAAAGAAAGCUGAAAUCCCUCCAAAGACAUAUUCUUUACAAAUAGCCUGGGUUGGUGGCUUUAUAGCCAUUUCUGUCAUCAGUUUCCUGUCUUUGCUGGGCGUUAUCUUAGUGCCUCUCAUGAAUCGGGUGUUUUUCAAGUUUCUUCUGAGUUUCCUUGUGGCAUUGGCUGUUGGGACACUGAGUGGUGAUGCUUUUUUACACCUGCUUCCACAUUCUCAUGCAAGUCAUCACCAUAGUCACAGCCAUGAAGAACCAGCAACGGAAAUGAAGAGAGGUCCGCUCUUCAGCCAUCUCUCUUCUCAAAACAUAGAAGAAAGUACCUAUUUUGAUUCCACGUGGAAAGGUCUGACAGCUCUGGGAGGCUUGUAUUUAAUGUUUCUUGUUGAACACGUCCUCACAUUGAUCAAGCAAUUUAAAGAUAAGAAGAAAAAGAAUCAGAAAAAACCUGAAAAUGAUGAUGAUGUGGAGAUUAAGAAGCAGUUGUCCCAGUAUGAAUCUCAACUGUCAACAAAUGAGGAAAAAGUAGACACAGAUGAUCGACCUGAAGGAUAUUUGCGAGCUGACUCACAAGAGCCCUCCCACUUUGAUUCUCAACAGCCAGCAAUCUUGGAAGAAGAGGAGGUCAUGAUAGCUCAUGCUCAUCCACAGGAAGUUUACAAUGAAUACGUACCCAGAGGGUGCAAGAAUAAAUGCCAUUCGCAUUUCCAUGAUACACUCGGCCAGUCAGAUGACCUCGUUCACCACCAUCAUGACUACCAUCAUAUUCUCCAUCACCACCACCACCAAAACCACCACCCACACAGUCACAGUCAGCGCUACUCUCGGGAGGAGCUGAAGGAUGCCGGCAUUGCCACACUGGCGUGGAUGGUGAUCAUGGGGGACGGCCUGCACAAUUUCAGUGAUGGCCUAGCAAUUGGUGCUGCUUUUACUGAAGGUUUAUCGAGUGGUUUAAGUACUUCUGUUGCUGUGUUUUGUCAUGAGUUGCCUCAUGAAUUAGGUGACUUUGCUGUUUUACUAAAGGCUGGCAUGACUGUUAAGCAAGCUGUUCUUUAUAAUGCUCUGUCAGCCAUGCUGGCGUAUCUCGGAAUGGCAACAGGAAUUUUCAUUGGUCAUUAUGCUGAAAAUGUUUCUAUGUGGAUAUUUGCACUUACUGCGGGCUUGUUCAUGUAUGUUGCUCUGGUUGAUAUGGUACCUGAGAUGCUGCACAAUGAUGCUAGUGACCAUGGAUGUAGCCGCUGGGGAUACUUCUUUUUACAGAAUGCUGGGAUACUUUUGGGAUUUGGAAUUAUGUUGCUUAUUUCCAUAUUUGAACAUAAAAUUGUGUUUCGUAUAAAUUUCUAAUUAGGGUAUAAAUGCUAGAGUAGCUUAAAGCUAUAGUUUGCUGUCUGUAGUUUGAAUAGGUCAUAGGGAGAUGAGUUAGUAUGCUGUGAUACGUAACAUUUACGGUUAGUGGAUUUUGUGAUUUUUGUAUUGAAUAUUGCCAUUUGUUAUGCUUAUAAGGUCAGUUAUGGUGGUAACAUAAAGGUACGUUUAAUAUUUAAGUUAUUCUAUUUGGGGAAUGUAAGCUAUAUGUGCAAUUUACCAAUAUUACCGGUUUAUGGUAUAAACAAGAGAUUUGGCAUGACAUGUUCUGUAUAUUUCAGAAAAAAAAUGUCUUUAAUGCUUUUUCUAGAACUAAUUUAAUAUAGUAAUUCCCAUGCUGGAUUUUAGGCCUCUGAAGAACUGCUGGUGUUUAGGAGUAAGAAUACACAUGAAGCCUAAGAUACCAAUAAAGCUUAAACUGAAUUUAAGCUAAGAAAUAAGGGAAAAAAGAGAAGAAACUGUAUAAAUUGAGAAGGCAUAGGUUUCAUAUUAGAAAAUCACAAAACUGGUUUAAAAAUAGAAGGGAAAAAUUUAGAUUUAAAUGAAAAAAAGCAAUAUUGAGUACAGAGUACAUUGGUAAACAUUUUUGUCAGAGUAUUAAUGUUCCCAUAAAAUCUCAGCACUUUUUACUAAUUUAGUUGUACAUUUAACUUUGUAUAAUAGAGACAUCUAAAUGUAUUUAAUAAACUCAAGCAAAAUAUAUUACUUGACCAAGAAAUUGGAAUUUUAAAAUAUUUGUGUGGAUGUACACCGGAUGAGUAUGAGCAAGUUUAUGUAUUGUCAAAAGACUUGGAUAUCCCAGGUUAACUUAUGUAUCACCCAAGUUACAUUACUGGAUGUUCUGGUUAUCUGGUUUACCACAUGUCAGCAUAUUAGAAUUUUGAUAUAUGUUAGGACAUUAAAACCAUACUGGUUAUAAUUUGACUUCUUGGAUUCAGAAAGUACUUUGGUAUCUUUCAGUGCUUCAACAUCGUUGUUAUGAGCAAUUGUCAUUUUCAUAUAUAGUACUUUAGAUGUACUAGGAUUGUAUGGCAUUCUCUAGAUGUUGCUUUUCUACAAAAUAAAUUCCCUGUAUCAGCUUAA